UCUAAAAUGCGCAUAUGCAUGGUUGGUUUGGUUGUUUUAGUUUGUUUUUUCCUGAACCAUUUGAAGUUUAGAAUAAAGACAUAAACUGCUUUGUCUUUUACACCGGUGGGGAAGGUUCUUGUUCACUUGGUGAAGAAGGAAAACUUAAAAAUAAUUGGCCACUACAUAAGCUUCCACAAUCUACCAAAACGGCACUUUGUCAACACAGAAAAGGCCACGAAUGCAUAUUGCUUCCUUUUUGCCGGUGAAACAGAAAAUAAUCUGAUAGCCAAAACACAAUACACGAAAAGUUGAAAGCUAUUGUAUUGCAUUCCCGUGGGAGAGAUGCAAGCGAUUAUUAGCCCGUUUACAAGAAAUAUUUAUUUUAUUGGACCCGUAAGUUGUAAUAUCAUGAUAUAAAACCAUGUAAAACCAUGAUAUUUUUUAGGUCUCCACUGCGCUGAUUUGUAUGAAAACGGAAAUAACCAAAGUGGAAUUUAUGAAAUUAAUCCGGAUGGAAAGGGAAGUUUCAAAGUGUUUUGUGAUAUGACAACAUCAGGUGGAGGAUGGAUUGUAUUUCAACGUCGUCUUGAUGGAAGUGUUGCCUUCUACCGAGGAUGGCAAGAUUACAAACAAGGUUUUGGUAACUUGAGCGGAGAAUAUUGGCUUGGUCUUGACAAAAUACACAUGAUGACAAAUAUUUCACACAAUGAACUUCGUAUCGACUUGGAAGAUACAUCUGGAAACACCAGUUACGCUCAUUAUAAUUCAUUUAAAGUCAGCAGCGAAAGUGAGAAAUACAAGUUGAAUGUUGGAGGUUAUCAUGGUACAGCAGGAGACUCGUUAAAAAAGCAUAACGGUAUGGCUUUCACCACCAAGGAUUCUGACAAUGAUGAUACGGUAUACAACUGUGCGGUGAAAUUCAAAGGAGCCUGGUGGUAUCGUAGUUGUCAUGAUUCCAAUUUGAAUGGUUUGUAUCAUUAUGGCGCAGACACAUCGUACGCUGAUGGAAUCAACUGGUACCAUUGGAAAGGAUAUCAUUAUUCUCUGAAAUCAACAUCGAUGAAGAUGCGACCACGUCAAUUUGGAAAGAAUAAAUAAAGUUGUUGAACAAUAAAGAAGGUUUACCUUAUAAAAAGUGCAGUGCAAUAACGCAUAUCUUGUUGUUUUCAUAAAUAUUUUAAAAAAAUGUAAUAUGUGUCGUAUAAUGACAUAGAGGAGAUUCUGUUGAGAUAUGAGUCCAGUUCAUGAAAGUUUGUUUUUAGUUUUAAAUGGCGUUCACUAGUAGCAUCUAAUUUUCAUCACUUUAACCCUGAUCAUGCGAGAGAAAACAAAUUGUACAAAAUCUGCAUGUAGCUCAACGAUUCGAGCACAUUAAGGCAGCAGCCUGAAAAGAUUUAGAGAGUGUUUCGUGACAUACGCAGGCGAACAAGUCUUUUUGCUGAACGAAACGACGGCCAUGUUGAAUUCAAAUAUUUAGCUGAAUUCAGUUAUUCGGGUCUUAAUUUCAUUAUGUUUACUCAGACGUGUUAUCCCACGUAUUAAAUAAAGACGUUAUUAUUCUUAUUAACUAUCAAUUUUUGUAAGAACUUUUCGACUCAUCGUAAAAACCUGCUGACAAGCUCGCUGCAGCCUCCAAGUGGUUGCAUGUAAAAGCAUUUUCAUUUCAUGAACCUUCAAAGUGAGCUUUCAAGUUCACCAUUGCGAUGAGUGGAAAAGAGCAUUUAUAUCUACCAAACUCAAAGUUUGAUCGAAUUCAAUAAAC